GUACGUCAUGACAGGUGUUUGGGGACGAGGCAAGAUGGCGUCAGGGGCUGGCAGGAGUGGACUGCUGGAGGUGUAUAUUCGCCAACAGUGGUGUAAAGUGCUCGUAACUCUCAACGAGGAUUCCCUGAUCCUUAGCUUGGAUGAAAAUACCGAGAAUGCCGGACUGAGCAAUGGCACGAACGACUCCUCGGCGUCGAAGAAAGGGCAGGCAGCCAGCGCCGCAAAUUCUGUGAAUACCUCUCCCCCCGAUCAGUUACCAGAGAGCAUAGCCGGCCAGAAGCGUUUUGUUCGCAUCGUCAAAGAAGAACAGAAUGGCUUGGGGAUCAGCAUUAAAGGGGGGAAAGAGAACAAAAUGCCUAUACUUAUCAGUAAAAUAUUUAAAGGUCUUGCCGCAGAUAAGACGGAGGCCUUGUACGUCGGGGACGCGAUUCUGUCGGUGAACGCGGAGGACCUGCGCGAAGCCACCCACGACGAAGCUGUUCGGUCCCUGAAGAGAGCAGGCAAGGUGGUGGAGUUGGAGGUGAAAUACCUUAGAGAAGUGACCCCAUAUUUCCGCAAAGCCACAGGUCUCAACGAUCUAGGAUGGGGACAACAUACGAAUAUUGGUGCAGGAGACACAUCACCAAUUAAAGAAAACCACCCUCAGUCUCCAUGGAAAGAGAAAAAGACAAUUCCUUUAAAAAUGUGCUACUUGUGUAGAAAUCUGACUAUGCCCGAUGCUGAUAACAGAACAUUAGAAAUGCAUUCCCCGGACGGGAAGAGUUCGUGUAUCAUACGUGCGGAGGAUGCAAGUAGUGCUGAUAGCUGGUACAAUGCAAUACAUACCAAUGCAGCACUGUUGACAAUACAGACUAUAGCAGAGGUUAACAAGCUGCUAAGCACAGGACCUAAUGUCCAGCAAGUCAAGCACAUGGGCUGGCUAGCUGAACAGGUCCACAAUGAGCAAGGAAAUCCCACCUGGAAACCAGUAUUCAUGGCUGUGACUGCCACAGACUUUCUGCUCUUUGACACGGCCCCUUGGAGUAAAGAGGAGUGGGCCACGCCAGCACAGACACACCCACUUAUAUGUACUAGGUUGGUCCAUUCUGGGAAACAGAUAUCUCCGCUUGGUGGCAACGCAAUUCUUACAUUUGGUACCAGGACGGGGUCUAAGCAGGGAGUGGAGGCCCACAUGUUUCGCGUGGAGUCGCAGCGGGACCUGUCACAGUGGUCGCGAACGGUUGUGCAAGGGGCGCAUGCUGCUGCUGCACAUGUGAAAGAGGUGAAUGUUGCCGUGGUUUGGCAGAGACAGGAAUGCAAGCUGAACAUGCAUUACGACUCCGGGUUCAUGUUAUACUCGGCCAACACAGAGAACGACAGCAACAAACCCAACCUUCUGUGGCAUCAACCGUUUGAGAAGCUGCGCAUGUCCGCAGAUGAUGGUCAUCGCUUGUUGUGGUUGGACUUUGGAGAUGGAGGUGAACAGGAGCUGGAUCUACAGAGCUGUCCCAAACCUUUGGUUUUUAUCCUUCACACAUUCUUGUCUUCAAAAGUCAGUAGACUGGGCCUGGUGGCAUAACCUGGUGGUGUAACCCUGGCAACAGUCACCAAGCAACAUGGCUGUAGUUAUGGCAAUCCUUGUUUCUAUACUCUUAGUAGACUAGUGAAAAGGAAUGAAUAUUUUCUUUGAAGAAAUCUUGUCUCAGUCGACACUUUAUCACAAUAUCAGUCUAUUUAUGUGAUGGGGGUCAAGGUCAUACUAAGGUCAAGGUCAGUUUCAACCACACCUUAGUGCCGAAACUGUUUAUUAAAGGGAUUGUGGUUGAAAAUCAGCAACAACAUCCAAAGAAGGGCUUAUUUUAAAACAAAAUAGGACCCUGAUUAUGAAGAAUUUCUAAAAGCCUAUAGGUUUUAAUGCAGACUAUCUAGUCUUGUACAACUCAGUCAUACCAUAUAUGUUACAAUUGUGAAAGUGGUACAUAAGUGGUAUAUAAAAUGUAUGUAGUUUGUGGUCUUUCUGCAAACAUUAUUUUGCUGUCAGAGGAACUGUUUUAAUAUAAUCAUGUAUACAUAUGAAUUUUACAGUAGAUGAGAGAAAAAGAUUAUGUAUGCCAUUUGCUGCAAAGAAAAUAAAAUAUCUUUGUAGAAUCAUUGCCAAAGUUUGUGGGGAUCCUGCUGAAAUGGUUACCAUGGUUACAACACUGGAAACCGCCAAGCCAAACUCAGCUGCACAGUGAUGCAAAUAAAAAAACUUGUAAAUAGUAGACAAAGUGAUGGUCAGUUUUCAUGAUUAUCUCACUUGCAGAGAGACUGGUUGUUGGGCUAACCUGGCUGGUUGCUAUGGUAACUAGCUGAAAGCAACAGUCCAAAUAUGGUCAUCACUUAAUUUUUAGCUGGUUUAGAUUGUUGUUUUGCAGUGUCAUCAUAAUAUAGGUCAUUGAUACAGAUGGUGUUUAGCAAUAAUUUGCUACACAAAUAAUGAUAUGCUUCGAGUUCCCACCAAAUUUAUGUGUAGCAAUUUAUUUUUUCAUUUUUUUUUCACUUUGAGUAGUUUGUCAGUGGUAAAUUUGCAGCGGAUUUAUAGAUAAAAUUUCUUUUUAAGAUAAAGAUAAGUUUACAUCACGACAGUGUAUUUAUUUAUUUUCAAAUAACCCCAGGGGCAAUUACGAAGUAUGUUUUAGUACCAGUGAAACUGUUUUUACACUUCGUGUAGUAAACAUAUGGGACUAGUCCAUCAACACGUGUCAGUUCGCCAAAUAAGGCACCUCAGUGUUAGAGUUUCAAGAAGUAUUUAACAGUAUUAUUUAUGGAAUAUUUUAGAUAGAUUUGGUGCAAUAACUUGCAGACUAUUCAUGCAGGAAAGUGAGGUCAUCAAAGCAAAUGUGAAACUUGCGUUAAGUGUCAGUCCUCAUGCCUGUAAAAUAGCGAGUAAAGAAUUGAUGAUAAUUUCACGAAUUAUUAAUUGUUACAUGAAAGUGAUUAUGAACAGAUUUAUCCUCUUGUUCUUGUAUGCAUAAAAACACAGAAUUACAGUUGAUAAGGGAGAGAUUUAAGGUCAAAUGUUUUAGAAAAAUUUUAAAUCAUGAUAUGCCAUUACCAGAGCAAUGUGAAAUGUUAGCAUUAGAUUUCAUUCAUUUAUAGUGGUGGAAAUUGGGAUAUUUGGUGAGGGAGGCAUUUUCUGUCCAUUUUGUCAGUUGUUAGUACAAUCGAGGGGUUAUUAUACAAUCAUGAAGUAAUAUUGAUCAAUAUGUAGUCCACUCAGUAUUUUUUUUUUAUGUCAAGACCAUAUCAAUUCAUUUGGGUUCAUUCUUCCCAUCUUUUUUUUUUCUAAGGAAAAGGGUAAUCCCCAAUAUAUACAGUGAAAAAAACUUGCAGUGAAUUAUUUAGCAUGUCAUGAGAUACACUUUAAACUGUUGUAGAAAGUCACAUACUGGUAUUAUUUUAUUUAUUCAUUUUAAUGACAUAUGGUAUUGUUAACAGGGGACAGUCGUUAAUGCCCAGAUAUUACUCACAAUACAUGGAUGGCAUUUUCUCUCCUUUUUUUAAAUAGAAAAGGGAGCUGAAAAUGCAAUGUUUAGAAUGGGGUUAUGUCCAGAUUGAUUAUGGGAGAGGUCCAGAUUUUCAUUUAAUCAGCUUCCUCUCUUCUCAUCCUUCACUAUUACUCAAUGGUUAAUGUGAUACAAGCGGUUGUUGCAAAGUCCUGCCCUUAAGCAAAAGUUCAACUAAUAAAUUCAUUUAUAAUUAAAAUCCACUCCUAUUCGACCUUACCAAGGUGGUUGUCUUUUUUAUUUUAUUUUUUCUUUCUGGUUUAAUUUUAUGUAAAUGUAAACUUUAUUAAUAAAGGCAGCACAUACAAAUUAUGUUUACUCAAAUAAGAUACAAGCAUAAAUUAGGAUUUUUAAUUUACAUUUAAGUGUAGUUAUAAUAUUAUUGAUUUAUGUAUAAAAUGGGCAAGGGAUAAUAGAAGUGAAUCAGAUAUUUGUUUUAAUGUAAUUAUAUUUUAGUAUAUCUUUUAAAUUCAGAAAUGCACUAAGAACACAGUGGAGGUCAAGGCUUGCAAAUCAGCACAAAACUUACUGAAAGUUUAAAAAAAAACAAACUACUAUAAGAUAUUUCAAGGGAACUUGGACCAUAAUUUUUCAUUUGAACUGGUCGAACCUUGCAUUUGACACAUUUUGUUGAUUUCUUUAUAAUUUAAAUGUUUGUACUAUUUUAUAGAUAAGGAUUUAGUAUUUAUGUUAUCACGUCUCUGCCAUUAGGCAUCCACCAGUGAUUUUAUCAUUAUGAAAAUCUUUCAAUGCCUGCAUGUUAUAAAUGAAACAAAAUGUACAGAGGCCCCCGUCCUGGACACUUUUGGUCUAAUAAAGUUAUUAUCAAUGGUAUUACA